AGUGUCAAGCGGAUCGAGCUAGCCCUCGAUCUCCACACUAUAGAUAGAUUCAAGCUCAAUAUCGAAUUCGAGGAGCUUAGGUAUAUUAAUAACUGCCUCGCCUUGAUCAGGAUACACCUUGCCAUCCCUAAAUCAUAUAUUUACCAAGGAGUUGGAAAUCCCAAACUCUCAUCCAGCUUCCCAACUUACCAACUCCCACAUCAGAGUCCUCACAGCUACGUACCUUCUUCCACAAACUGGGCACAUAGCAUUUAACUGCGCUUACAACCACUCUUACUCCGCCAACGACCACUGGGCAACCCAUCACUUAUCCUUCUACCUUCUUUUUCAUCAACAACUUCUACAUUGCCGAUCUCCACUACCACACCACGACAAUAACAAAAACAACGAUUUGGCGGCUUCAUAGCACUAUUCUCGUCAAAUAGUUCAUCUCUGGUAAGAUUUUCAUGGAUUAUGUCACCGCCCAAUCUUUUUUCUAACAUCCACGAAGUCACGGCUCCUUCAAGGACAUCCUCUACCGCCACAAUGGCCUCGCCUGACAGCAGUUCUCGCGCUGAACUCCCUCAGCAGCAGUGGUACGAUAUCAAACUUAUGGAAAUUCUUCCUCGAUGCGGUUUCAUCUUCGUCGAUGAUCAUGAGAUUCUUGAUUCGCGAAGCGAUGCAAUCCUGAAGUGGGCAAUUGAGACUCAAGUUCCCAGCUUCGGACAGCACGAAGUCGAGGAACUCCUGGCAGAUGUGAUGAUAGAUGUCAACGCAGUCGCCGACUACUAUGCCAAAUCUUCCUGCAUGUACGUCGACCUCGACGGUGAGAUCCGUGUCAAGCCAGUUCAGGCUAUCUUUGAAGCUGCGCGAAAGGAACACAAAUGGAGCAAUUACGUGCCCAGAAAUACGUUUGUCGAUUUUUUCCAGAAGCUCUUCCGUGCCAGAUCAAUCUACAAUAUGCUCAUGAGCAUGAAACGAACGCCCGAAGCAGCCAAGGGUGAACAGAGCAAACUCGCCCUAUCCAUCGACGAAUGGAACAGCACAAGUCCCACCGAGUACGCCGAUGCGUACUUUGCUCAGAUGCCUCCGCACAAGCUCCAUCGCCUUUUCGAAAUAUUACUUGGACGAGAUUCUGCGGAUUUAGGACUAGGUGAUGCAUCAGUCAUCGACUCAGACAAUGAUAUGGAGGAUGGAAGCUACGAGGCUAAGGAUAAGAAGGGGAAGGGGGUCUAUAAGGAACCGGCGGAGGAUGAGGAGGACUUAGGAGACCCUAAUGCGCCUUGGAUCCCCUGGACUCCAAGCUCAUGGAAAUCUGUCGGCGAUUCCUCUGGCGAUUCUUCUCCUACUGACGAGGAUGCCCCUUGGGUGCACCAUUAUGUCCAAGGCUCUCAGGAGGAACAUGACAUGGAAGACGCAUUAGGUGCUACCAAUGGCUUCCUUAGUUUCUGCAUCCAUCAAAAUCGCCGACUCCUGCGAUACUAGAGUCAUGGAUGAAUUGGAGGAGGUUAUUAG